AUGGCGAUCUUCCCGCAAUUCGGGCCGGACCCCGAAAGUUCACUACUACAGCAAUGCCAGUACAUCAUUCACCGCGUCACGGUGCUGCUCGAUGAGCUCGAGCGGCUCAAGGCCGCCAUCGAAAGACGGCCGGCGUCAGGCCACAAGCCCGUUGCGUGGAACCAGGCCGUCCCGGGGCUCGGGCUCUUUGAACGCCUCAUUAUUUCGGAGAAGAAGCAUCUUGCGAAGAUGGUCCAGGCUUACGAUGUGGAGCCCGGCGAGGAGGUGGAUACCGAGGCGCUUGAUAGUAGGAUCAGGCUUAGGCUUGAUGCGUCAAACUACAAGUUUUAUGAGACGGUCUGGGAGGUUACGAAGCGGUGCUGUGAUCUUGCGGGGAUGCGGAGAGAGUUGGCGUAUAAGACGGUCGGGGAAAAGAGUAUCAGCGCCGUGAUUGAUUUGGUUGUCAACGGCGGCGCGGAUUGGGUCAAGGUCGUGACUACCACGGAGCGUCGGCUAUUUUACGAGAUGGCGGACGCCGGGUGGGAUUGGGAGGAGGAUUUCACGGACGAGGGCGCGGAUCAGUCCAUGCUGGAGGUCCUUCAGGAUGAGACGGAGGAUAGCAUCGAGGUCGCCAAGGUCGCGAGGCAUAUGGUUGCGGCGGCGAGGACGUCCUACCAGGACUACCGCCGUCCGCGGGUCCGGAUACUGAUGUCGAGAAUAUCAGAGGGGGAAAAUGAGUCUGUGGAUCACUUGCUGCGGCUCGUGAGGAAAAUGGGCGGGGACGACGUGGACCUCCUCGUCGAGACGGCCAACGGUGCGGGCAUCCUGACGGAUCCCACGCCGGACUUGGAGGAGACCAUCUCGAACCUUGUUAAUACAGAUUACUACAAGGACUUUACGCAGACGGUCAACGUGGACUGCUCCGUCUUCAUGGCGUUGGCGUCUGAUUUUAGCCACAUGGCCAUCGGGCCGGACUCAGACCUCUUACGGUCGAAGCAGCACCGCAUCGACGCGACGGACGAGGUGGAGAACGGGCCGCGGCUGGUGAAUACGCUGUACCCCGCCAUCACUGGCCGGACGCUGGUUUGCACGAGGGAAGCGGCGGAUACGUUUCUCAAGAUUGUCUACGAGAUUGGCACGGACUCGGAACAGUCGCGCACGAGGAUCCUCUUUGACCCAAGCGACGCCGACACCGUCCCCGAGGACGUCGAACAGGACCGACGACGCCGCGUGGCCGCGCUGCAGGAACUCUCCGUCCACCCUGUGCCGGCAGACCUCCGCCUCCCCGUCGAAAUCGUGGACUCUGUCUCGUGGGACGACGCGCAGCGGAUGGUGGCCGAGGGCCAGCUGCCGGCCGUCGCGUUGGCGGUCGGGAAGAGAGGGUCAGGGCUCAACGCGAUGAAUGUUUCGUCAUUCUUGUACGGGUGGACGACGCGGUUGACGACGGUCACGUCGAAUUGGGAGGCGGCCAAGAGGUUGAGGACGGUGAUUGAGACGAAUCGGGUGACGGGGACGGAGGUCGGGCCGCAUAUUUGGCGGAUACCGUUUUCGAGAAAGUUGCUUGCGAAGCCCAAGGUGCCGUUGCCGUCGGGUGGUGGCGGCAGGGGUGAGAAGGAGGAUGGGAACGGUAGCAGUGGAAGUUGGAGGUUGAAGACGAGACAGGAGAGGAAGGCGGAGAAGGAGGAGAGUUUACAGAGUUGGGUUGCGUCUGAGCAGGCGGAGACACCUGCGAAGUCAACAACGCCUGAUGUCGAAUGA